AUGACAAAUUAUUUGAAUGCAUUAACAUCUCUUGCACAUUCUACAUGUGGAGAUAUUCCUCCACCUCUUGUUGGAUGUUCUUUUACAGUAAUCGGACCAAAGCUCUAUGUUUUUGCAGGACGUUUAGUUUCAAAUUGGUAUUUAACAAAUGAUUUAUAUGUUUUGGAUCUUGAAUCGUAUAUUUGGACAAAAAUACAAGAUUCAUCAGCAUAUGCACCAGAGCCAAGGUAUUUUCAUUCAGCAGAUACAUAUUCAAAUUCAAUAUAUGUCUUUGGAGGCAUUGGUAUGUCGAAAGAUCCAGAUAAUCAACAUUGUGUAUUAGAUGAUAUAGCAGUUUUUGAUAUACAGUUCUGUAAAUGGAAAAGGGUUUCAAUACUUCCAUCUCUUUAUACGCCAAAGCCAAGAUAUGCACAUUUAUCAGUUGUUAGUAUGAAUUAUUUAAUGAUUAUUGGAGGACAAGAUUUAGAAAACAAUUAUAUUGAAGAAACAAACUAUUUUGAUAUGGAUAUGUGUAUGUGGAUACAUACAUUUCCAUUUAACAAACAUUGUGGUCUUUAUCGUUCAGUUGCUCUUUGUAAAACAGAAACUUAUCCCGAGUGUGCACUGAAUUAUGUUGAAAAGAAUAUAUCUAUGCCAGAAACAUCUUCCUCUACUCAAGGAUCGCCUUUUUCAACUAGGCGGAAGUCAUUGAGUGUUUCAGAAUGUAGCAAACGGUUAUCAGGCUGUAGUGAAUUACCAGGUUUAUUACAUCAUUCACAAAGUAGAAAAUCCGUUGAUAUUAUACAAAAACCAGAGACUGAAUUUACACCUUUCUAUCAUCAACAUAUUUCUGAAAAUCCUGUAUAUAUUUAUUCUAAUUACAACUUCAGAAAUGUGAAAAAUGAGCUUUACGUUAUUACGUUUCCACAUGAUAAUCAAUUUAAUAUAACAGAUAUUUCUGAUGAGCUUAACGGUGAGUCUAAACCACCAGGUUUGCGAUUUCCAUCAGGAGGUAUUCUUGGCAAUCAUCUUGUUAUUUUUGGAACCUAUUUAACAAAUACAACGCAAUCUUACAGCAUUUGGUGCAUUGAUUUAAAUAGUUUAACAUGGUCAAAGAUUGAUCCUGGACCAUUGCUGAACGAGGGCUCUUGGAAUAAGGGAGUUAUAGAUUAUGACAAAAAUUGUUUACUUAUUUUUGGAAAUAAAGAACGUAACCUGGUGGAGGAUUACAAUAGCCGAAGAAUUAAUUUUGAUCAUAUAAUUUUAAUAGAGCUUGAAGCUUUUGGUGUUUAUAGAGUAACUAUUCCUGAAUUGUCUCCUAUGGCACAAGAAUUGGGACUAAUGAUGCUGGAAAAUCCAUCUUUUUCUGAUAUGGAAAUAUUAACUCAAGAUAAUAUCGUUAUACCAUGUUCUACAAAGAUUUUAUCUACAAGAUGGCCUCGGUUCCAUGGUUUCCUUAAAGCUAGUCUUAAAAAAGAUAGUACUGAAUGCCCAGCAUUUGAUUUUUUAACUAAAAACCAAAGAAGUUCUUUGGCAGUAUACAGUAACAUAACACAGGUAAGCAGUGGUGGAUCAUCAUCAACACGGUUUUUUAAUCGGUCUCGUACUCUUUAUAUUCCUCAUCCAUAUUCUGUUGUUCAUCAAUUUCUUCGGUUUUUAUAUACCUAUUCUUUAGAACCUGCUAUGUUAAAUGACAUUACUGCAUUGUUUGCUUUACUCUCUCUUUCUAAAAGUUUUGGGCCUGAUCUGGAGGUAAAGGAUUUAAGUCUUUAUAUUUUUUAUGCUCUUCAGAAAUGUUUAACUCCAGAAACGGCUUCUCGUAUCUAUGAAAUGGCUAUUUUAUAUGGACAUAGAGGCUUACAAAUUCGAGCAUUAAGGAUAAUGUCUACAAUAAAAAAAGAGGAAAAUAAAAAUAACUAA